UUUUUCAGAUUGAUUCUAUUCCACGUCGUUUAGGUAUUGGUCUACAUGCAUGUGGUGCCCUCACUGACAUGAUCAUAGACUUUUGCACUACCAGAAACUGCAGUUUUGUAGUAUGUCCGUGCUGUUAUGGGCAAAUUGCCGGUGCUGAAGGCGCAGGCGUAG